AUGGGUCUAACUGAGCUGCUUGUGAUCGGAGUUAUAACUAUUGGAGGAGUGUUUGGAAGGCUGAACUCCCGUCAGCCCAGUGGUUAUACACCUCAUCGAAUUGUAGGCGGAGCUGAUGUCCCGGCGGGAGAACACGUACCCUAUCAGGUUUCCCUGCAGUACAAAACCCGCGGAGGUCAGAUGCACUUCUGCGGUGGUUCCAUCAUUGGCCCCAGUCAUAUCCUGACAGCAGCUCAUUGUUGCCAAGGCUUAAAUGCAAGUCGGAUGUCUGUGGUGGCAGGAAUUCGUGGUCUGAACGAGAAGGGCUCCCGCUCUCAGGUGCUUUCCUACAGUAUCCAUCCCAAGUACCAAGAACUGGUGACCAGUGAUCUUGCCGUGUUGUCCAUUGAUCCUCCUCUGAAAUUGAACAACUCCACCAUCACCGCCAUUGAGUAUCGAUCUAAGAAAAAGGAUUUCGUGGGUGGUGGAGUUCCUGUGACUCUCACAGGUUGGGGACUUCGUUUACCAGUACCCUUCCCAUUCCUGGAAGAGGUUAACUAUCCAAAUGUACUCCAACGGAUGAGCUACCACACGAUAUCUAACAAGGAGUGCAGAGAUGCUGGCAUGGAGAGUGUCACGGACACAGAGAUCUGCGCCAGAGGACCUUUCAGGGGAGCCUGCUCGGGCGACUCUGGGGGACCUCUAGUUAUGCAAACGGAAAAUGGACCGAAACAAGUGGGAAUCGUAUCUUAUGGUCUGGUUGUGUGUGGUCUAUACAUCUCUCCGGAUGUCUACACCCGGGUGUCCACAUUCAGUGGAUGGAUAGGAAAGCAACUGGAGUCGUAA